AGGCAGAGUGACGUCCGCUACUGUCAGAAACAGACUUAAGCUCUGCCUGCUCCAGGAAAACGGUGGUGACAAGGUUGGGUAUAGGAAUAACCUUUGGAAUAACCAAUUAACACCGAGUUCUGCGGCUGGGUGGGUGGGGGUCUCAAGGGAGGACAGGUCUCUGCUACCUAAGAGUUAUCUCCCAUCCCCAGAUGCUGGUCAUGCCACAGGGACCUUUAGGCAAAUAAACAUGGUGUACCUUGGUCAUAAACAACUUAAAAGACUUCCUAGAAGCUUGAAGGAUGAACGCUGAGAGACUGGAGUACUUUUGUUUUUAAAGGACUUUGAUCAGGUGUGUCUGAAAGGUGUUUGUGUGAGUAUGCACUCCAAGCGAUGGUUGUGAACGCUUGCUUCUAAUUGUGACAGAGUGACUUUGUUUGGAAUUCGACGAUCCCUGAACGGACCGUUUCCGUCGUAGUCCUGGAUUUCCUUGAGAUGGAGGGUCAUAAUUACGAACGCUUCGGGGAGGAGGAGAGGGACAACUACCAGAUUGACUACCGGAGGAUUGUGGGGGAUAUGGAACCGGCACGGCCUCGCCUGCCCAGCAGAGAUGGGGAGCAGGCCCACCUUUACGGCGCCAACGUCCACGCCACGACACACGGUCACGGUCACGAGACUGCUGCACAGCGGUACACCGCCAUGCGUAUCCAAGCCGGGUAUGAACCAGAGAGUAUGGCCGACUACUUGAUCAGUGGAGGCACAGGCUACGUUCCCGAGGACGGGCUGACAGCGCAACAGCUCUUUGCCAUCGGUGACGGGCUGACGUACAAUGACUUCUUGAUCCUGCCUGGUUUCAUAGAUUUUACUUCUGAUGAGGUGGACCUAACAUCUGCAUUAACACGGAAGAUCACACUGAAGACACCUCUCAUUUCAUCUCCCAUGGACACAGUCACAGAGUCAUCCAUGGCCAUCGCUAUGGCAUUGAUGGGUGGAAUUGGAAUCAUUCAUCAUAACUGUACAGCUGAGUUCCAAGCCAAUGAGGUGCGCAAAGUCAAGAAAUUUGAGCAGGGCUUCAUUACAGACCCUGUGGUAAUGAGCCCCCGACACACCGUGGGUGACGUGUUUGAGGCCAAGACCCGCCACGGUUUCUCUGGGAUCCCCAUUACGGAAACCGGCAAGAUGGGAAGCAAGCUGGUCGGCAUUGUCACCUCCAGAGACAUUGACUUCCUGUCUGAGAAGGACCACGACAGACCUCUAGAUGACGCAAUGACCAAAAGAGAGGAUCUAGUUGUCGCACUCGCUGGUGUCACGCUAAAAGAGGCUAAUGAUAUUCUACAACGUAGCAAAAAGGGUAAGCUACCGAUUGUCAACGACAGUGACGAAUUGGUGGCCAUCAUCGCUAGGACCGACUUGAAGAAGAACAGAGACUACCCUCUGGCUUCUAAGGACUCCCGUAAGCAGCUGCUCUGCGGGGCAGCGAUCGGCACCAGGGACGAUGACAAGUACAGACUGGACCUCCUCAUGCAGGCGGGGGUGGACGUGGUGGUCCUGGACUCCUCCCAGGGUAACUCAGUCUAUCAAAUCAACAUGAUAAACUACAUCAAACAGAAGUAUUCGGAACUCCAGGUGGUUGGAGGAAACGUGGUAACAGCUGCUCAGGCUAAAAACCUCAUUGAUGCCGGUGUAGAUGCCCUCAGGGUGGGCAUGGGCAGUGGCUCCAUCUGCAUCACCCAGGAAGUGAUGGCAUGCGGGCGGCCCCAAGGCACAUCGGUGUACAAGGUUGCAGAGUACGCCCGGCGCUUUGGAGUGCCCGUAAUUGCUGACGGGGGCAUUGAGACAGUGGGGCACGUGGACAAAGCGCUGGCUCUGGGAGCAUCGACAGUGAUGAUGGGCUCACUGCUGGCGGCGACUACGGAGGCUCCGGGAGAAUAUUUCUUUUCCGACGGGGUGCGUUUGAAAAAGUACAGAGGAAUGGGGUCCUUAGAUGCCAUGGAGAAAAACAACAGUCAGAAGCGCUACUUUAGUGAGGGAGACAAGGUGAAGGUGGCUCAAGGCGUAUCAGGGUCAGUUCAAGACAAAGGCUCCAUCCAAAAGUUUGUGCCAUACCUCAUUGCUGGCAUUCAACAUGGCUGCCAGGACAUCGGAGCCAAGAGUUUGUCAAUUUUACGGUCGAUGAUGUAUUCCGGAGAGCUGAAGUUCGAGAAGAGAACAAUGUCUGCUCAGAUGGAAGGAGGAGUCCACGGCCUUCACUCAUAUUCUUUUGUACCAUUUAUGAGAAGCGACUUUACUGAGGGCAGAGGAAAGGGAAACGCCCGAUCGGGACCCGACGUCCCCGCACCUGCCCUGCUGAGCAGACGCAUGAUUCACAUGUGAACAAGCUCGACUUCAUAUUUCAUAACCAUUUUCUAGACAUCAUACACUGCUUUGACUCACUCAUAAACUUGUCUGUCCAUAAUUUCUGAAGAGCAAACAGCCAGUUGGUAAAUUAGUUAUGUGACCAUAUUUCCUCAUCAUGUGUGGGGUUUUUCACAUUUAAAUUUCAGUUUGUGUGUACCCCGCUUUAAGAAGCUUAGACACACUCAUCUGUAAAGCAUAAGGUACACCUACACCGGGGGAGGGCAAUGUUUUUUUUUUGUUUAGUUUUUUUAAUCUGGCCUACCAAGCAUUUAUAUUAUCAAGAGUUCUGUAAUAUUUGUUGCAUUAAAGUAGCCAUUUUCCCCCUACAAUA